AUUCUGGGCCAUGACGUGCGCCCACCGAAUCCCCACCACCGCCACCAGCAGGAGGAAGGAAGACGGUCGUCGUCCUGCACGUCUACUGCUGCUGCUGCUGCGGCCACAGCAAGCGUCGUGCGCCCCUCGACCGCAUCCCACGAGCCACGCAGCCACCACUACGUCGAACUUGCCCCAUCCCACCAGUCUCGCCAUCUCCAUGAAGUCAAACGAGCUUAACUCCAGCAAAACUUAAACCACGUUCGCAAUCAGUCACUCGAUGCCGAGUCGGCUUAAAUCGAAUUGACCAAAUCAAGACCCAAUUCGGAUGGGUUCGUCGUCGUCCAUUUCCAUUACGUCAAAGAAACCGUUUCCGGUGGAGCCUUUUUCCCACGCCCCGCUCCCACCGUUGGCCACUUCCCCGCUUUCUCUCCCCUCUCACGUGCUCUUAUUUACUGCACGCCUAACUAUAUAUACCGGUCCUGCCGUUUCUGCUGCCCUCUAUCCGCUCCGUUCCCUUCUCACUCCCGGCUCCUGUCUUAGCUCACCAUACCAGCCUUUCUCCAUGGAGGGCCGCCGCCGCCGCGAUAGCAGGAGUUGGGUGAGGGGGCGAGUCAUCGGAAGCGGUUCCUUCGGUACCGUCAGCCUCGCCUUGGACGAAUCCAGCGGCGAAGUCUUCGCCGUCAAGUCCGUCCCUCUGCAUUCCUCCAACCCCGCUCCGACCCUUGCUCUCGAUAACGAGAUUCGUCUCCUCAAGUCCCUCCGCUCGCCUUACGUCGUCGAGUACCUCGGCGACGACACCACCCGCGAAGCUCGCGCCGGCGCGUGCCGCAACUUGCACAUGGAGUACAUGCCCUGCGGCACCGCGGCGGACUUGGAGACUGCGAGGAAGAAGAAGGGGAAUUGCCCCAUGGACGAGCUCGAGGUGCGAGCUUACGUUCGGUGCGUCGCCUGCGCGCUUCGUUACCUCCACGACGUCGCCGGCGUCGUGCACUGCGACGUCAAGGGCCGGAACGUGCUUCUAGGCCGAGCUCCCGGCGUCGCUAAGCUCGCGGACUUCGGCGCCGCGGUGAGGAUUUCCGAUGGAGGCGAGCGUAACAGGGUGCGGGGAACGCCGCUGUGGAUGGCGCCGGAGGUCGCGAGGGGGGAGCGGCCGAGGCCAGCGUCGGACGUGUGGUCGCUCGGCUGCACGGUCAUCGAGAUGGCGACCGGAGCGCAGCCGUGGCCGGACUACGCGCCCAAGGAUGCCGAGGCUGCUAUGUUCUUCGUCGGCUACGGCGACAAGCUGCCGGAAUUCCCUCCCUGGCUGUCGGAGCUCGGCCGCGAUUUUCUCGACAAGUGUUUGAGAAGGAACGCGACCGAGAGGUGGACGGCGGAGCAGCUACUGCGGCACCCGUUCUUAGCUGAAGCAGACAUCGAGACGCCUAGGGGAGUGCUCGAGUGGGCCAAUUCGGAGUUCCGUGACGACGCCGACGAUUGCAGCAGGGAAAACUACAGCACGGACUACAGAAGCGUUGCGGAUUCCAUUGAUCUGAUGGCUUGUGGAGGAGAGAGAGUGAGGGAGUUGGCUUCGAGUGUGGGAAUUAUAGGGUGGGAUAGUGAUGGUUGGGAGGAAGUGAGGAGCGCAGAGGAGCACAAUUGGGCAGGGGAUGGAAGAACAGAAUUGGUCGUGGGUGGGUGGAGGGGAGAAGAAGGGGGGAGGACAUGCUCGGAAUAUUCCAAUUGCUGCAGCGUGGGAAUGGCUGACGAGGAUAGGGCUGGCAGUGCUGCUGCUGCUCCUCUAUGUGGCUCUUGUAAUGGCGGUUCGGUCGGUUUACAUGGGACCGAUGAUCUCAAUAGGAAGGUGUUCUUUGGAUGGUGUGGUUUACUGUUACUCCUACAUGUGAAAGUUGAUGUUCCCAUGCACUCGUCCUUUAUCAUUGCAACAUUCUCCGUAGUUUCGGAGAAUGGAUUAUUUUUGUGACUCAAA